AUUCCUCCCAGCAAGAUGGGGAUAGCAGGUAGGUAUACCCACAUGCGCACUGAAACUCUAGUUUGUUUUACCGGCAAUUGAGCAUGUCGCAUUUGGGGCUCAUGGAGACGGCUUUGAUCGUCGUGCUGUUUUGUCUCUUUGCAAGAUACGCUCCAUGGCAUGUUGGCUUGUCUGAGGCAUGGACUUCGGUGCACGGUUUGGGCAGCCUCCCAGCCUCCCCGUCACCAGUUAGCGAUUUGUCAUUGGUAUGGACUGUUCCAGCCAGCCUCUUCUAUCUUCACACAUCAUUCUCAUUUUUCCAGCUACAUGGUUAACCCAUCCGACCAUUUAUAAUGAUCUGGCUAGCAUCUAUGCUUCGAAGUCUGUA